AUGUUCCUCCUUCCGGCUGAUGCCAAUGCAACCUUUCGGGACCCUCCGUGUGAUGAUCCUUUGGACUUGCAGUGGUGUGUAGAGACUGGUCACAUCCCACCUCUGCCUACUUCCAAUGCACUCGUUGUGGUGUUGCCUCCCUUCAAUUUGGAGACUAGUCUCGCGCCUUCUUUCAUCCUGCCUUUGCCAGAUCUUCUAUCAAUGGAUGUGGUGGUGAUUGCAAUCGCUGUAUUGUUGCAGACACUCACUGCGGAGAUUGCGUAG